AUGACUUGUACCAGGAAACCUUUGAUUGUGGUCUUGAACAAGUUGGAUGCCGUGGACCCUGCCAAUGCCACAAGCUGGGCAGAGGCCCUGUCUGCAGUGCCCGGCAUUUCGGCGAUUGUGGGCUACUCCAAGGAAAACUUGAGGAAAACUGACUUCAAAUCGCUGAAAGUUGGCAAAGAGUCCUUGAUUGAAGUCAGUCACCAAGUUUACGACUCCGUGGCCAAAGAUGCCAAGCAGACCAAGCAGGCGGCUUUGAUGCUUGAGCACUCGGACAUCGAGGAUUUGGCCUUCAUUGAGUCCAGGGACUUUACCGGUGCUCGCAAGGGAUAUGUCUUUGGAACUGGCCCACAGGGAACCGGCUUCUACCGAGACCGAGCGCAGCUGGCACAACCUUGGGCACAGCCGGCAGCACCGGUUGCGACCGAAGCGGAGGAAGAAGCUCCGGAGGAGGAGGUGAGUAAUGAGGUAGCCUCUGGGAGCAUCAUGCUUGGACUCAUUGGCCAUCCGAAUGUGGGGAAAUCCUCCAUGGUCAAUCACUUGAUGGGUGAGAAGGUGGUCAGCGUGAAAGCCACACCCGGGCAUACGAAAAUCCUACAGACUCUCAAGCUCAAUGAGACGACCUUCUUAUGUGAUUCGCCUGGAGUGGUCUUUCCAAGACUGGAAGUUCCACGAGAAGCACAGAUUGUUGGUAUGCUGGUACCCUUGGCCCAAGUUCGCGAACCUUUCUCUGCCAUCCGCUGGGUGAUGGAGCGAUCUUUACGGCCCAUGCCAGAUCUUUUGGGCCUCAAGCCUGUCCCUUUGAGACGUGUCCGAGAAUUCUUCGAUGCGGGACUUGAGACUCUUCAGCUCAACUUGGUUGAUGCAGAAGAUGAAAAUGAAGUUGUGCCGUGGUCGCCAAUGCUCUUGUGCGCACAGUUUGCUGCACAACGCGGCUUUGUGCAGAACGGCCGGCCUGAUUGCAUGAAAGCAGGGACAGAAAUCCUUGAGAGAGUUCUUCAAGGUCGUAUUGCCUACUGUGUCCCUCCCCCGACAGAUGCAUCUUGUCCCGAGCUGCCUGAAGAUGCCUGCGAUAGCGAUUGGAAGGCGUUCGAUGAAGACUUCGAGAGCGAGGAGGAGGAGGAGGAGAUUGGAGAUCGUGACCUUCUCGAGCUCUUUGGCCAAGAGGCCAGGGGCAUUGGUCGCUCGAGCAAGGCUGCAAUCAAAAGAUUCAAGCGCCGCCAGAAGCUUGCCGAGGUCGCUGGCGAAGCGGAUCCCGCUCGGACCUUGCGGCCUUUUGCUGGGCGGCUGAAGGAAGUGGAAUGUGCCACAAAAAGCUGA